AUGGUAUUGAGUAUUUCAAUAUUGAACUUCACAUUCAUUGCUCGCAAUUUCUGGAACAGUGCAAUCGCUUCAUCUACACAAUUAUUUCUACAAAGACCUCCAAGUAUUAUAUUGUAUAUGAAAAUGUCCACUGUUGUUCCACUUUCAGUCAUCUCAUGGAACAUUUCCAUUGCAGCGACAGUUCUCCCACACUAG